AGUAAUUGACUUCAGUUCCGUGGCUCGGAUCAUCGUGCGAUUACUGAUCCGUGAAUCAUGCGUGCUAACGACGUGAUUCUGGUGGAGUAAAUGCAGAAUGGGUAGGUGGGCGUCACUCCUUCCUACCUCCACCUCCUGGGGCUAUCGUGGCACUGCGGACGGUUCGGCGGCGGCUCUACCACCACCUCAAGCUGCGGUGUGCCGGCUCCGACGGCAAUGGAGUUCUUGCUGCAGCCGUUCAACAGAACGACUCUGAUUGAGGAAGUGAAUGACAACGAGAUACCGACGGGGCCAACGCGAUGUCCUGUUGUUCCGGUGCCGGCGUUGUCCUUGCCGGCGGCGAGUGCAUCCAGCGCAGAUGCGCUAAUCUGCUCGCCGCCUCAUGGAGCAGCAAAGGAUGGGCGUGAGAGGCCGCAGGGAUCUGAGAACUCGAUAGAGCAAGUUGAUCCACAGGCUCCGGGAUGGACUAGAAGGGUCAGGGUUGGGGCUGCAGCGCCGGGGCGUGCUCCCUGCCCGGAUAGGAUGACAGCCCUGGAAAAUCGGUCAGAGUUUUUGCUGAAACUCCUGAAACGACGGCCGGCGUUGACUCCAGAGUGA